AUGUGGUUUCCCAACGCCUUACUUGUUGUCUUGCUGUCCGCCAGCUCGGCCCUUGCGUGUACGCUCCCGACCGAUGUGCCCAGCAACAACGUCAGCCAGGGCUUCGCCAUUCAGGUGCAGAAUGCAUCGUACCCCGUCAUUCACAACCGCCGCAUGAACCUAUGGGCCGCCGGCGGAGGCGAUCAGCACCUCUAUCUCAGCCCGGCCGGGGCGCCGGCAAGCGACCUGACUCUUGUCAAUGGUGUCAUUACCCAGCUCAGUGGCGGCAAGACCAUUAGAGCAGUCAUCAAUGGCGAGUACACGGCUUUUGACGACACGACCAAAAUGUUCAUGACGGAACGGGGUGAUCCUCGCGCCAUUUACGACGUCAAGUACGGAUGCAACCAGGAUACUGACGCUGUGCAGACGGAACUUGCAUUCAAGGAGCGGUCUGGUGUCACUGGUGGCCACUUGUGCGUUAGAUUGGCCUCUGGGGACAGAUAUGAGUUUCGUUACUCGCCGCCAGGAAACAACUUGGUCGACAAUCCCAGCCGUCUCUGCAUCAAAGUCACAUUAGCUAUCGUGAGAAACUAG